GUGGCCGGGCAGACGUGUCGCUGCCAUGGCGGAUCCCGGUCGGCUGGAGAGGCUGGAGCGGCGGGUGCGGGAGCUGGAGGAGGAGCUGGCCCGGGAGCGGGGCGGGCGGCGGCCGGCGCGGACCCGCAUCGACACCAUGAGCCCGGAGGUGACGGACUCCAACCCCUACAGUCGCUUGAUGGCAUUAAAAAGAAUGGGAAUUGUCAAAGACUAUGAGAAAAUCCGUACCUUUACAGUUGCAGUAGUAGGUGUAGGUGGAGUUGGCAGUGUGACUGCUGAAAUGUUGACAAGGUGUGGCAUUGGUAAGCUGCUUCUGUUUGACUAUGACAAAGUGGAACUGGCAAACAUGAACAGACUCUUCUUCCAACCUCAUCAAGCUGGAUUAAGUAAAGUGCAAGCAGCAGAGCAUACUUUGAGGGAUAUUAAUCCUGAUGUUCAGUUUGAAGUACAUAACUACAACAUCACAACACUGGACAACUUUGAACACUUCAUGGACAGAAUAAGUAAUGGUGCACUGGAGGAAGGGAAACCUGUGGAUCUUGUUCUAAGCUGUGUAGACAACUUUGAAGCUCGCAUGGCGAUUAACACGGCCUGCAAUGAACUUGGUCAAAUCUGGAUGGAAUCUGGAGUCAGUGAAAAUGCAGUGUCGGGACACAUACAGCUGAUCAUACCUGGUGAAUCCGCUUGUUUCGCGUGUGCUCCUCCACUUGUAGUUGCUGCAAAUAUUGAUGAGAAGACAUUGAAACGAGAGGGAGUUUGUGCAGCCAGUCUUCCUACAACUAUGGGUGUUGUGGCAGGAAUGCUGGUACAAAAUGUUCUGAAAUACCUGUUAAAUUUUGGUACUGUGAGUUAUUAUCUUGGUUACAAUGCAAUGCAGGAUUUCUUCCCAACUAUGUCUAUGAAGCCAAACCCACAAUGUAGCGACCACAAUUGCAGAAAACAGCAAGAAAAUUACAAGAAAAAAGAAGCUGCACAACCAAAACAAGAAGUAAUUGAAAAGGAAGAUGAAAUAGUACACGAAGACAAUGACUGGGGCAUCGAAUUAGUAUCAGAAACUUCAGUAGAUGAGCUGAAGGCUGCGUCUGGCCCGGUACCUGACCUUCCUGAGGGAAUUACUGUAGCAUAUACUAUCCCAGAAAAGGAAGAGAAUUUGAUAACGAAGGAUACGGUAGCAGAGUCUGAAGAAAGCCUAGAAGAACUCAUGGCCAAAAUGAGAAACAUGUAGAAAAAUAAAUAUUAAGUACAACUUCAGAUCAACAUGGAUUUUGAGAAGACCAGUCUUCUUACUUUUUUUCUUUUUUUACCUCCAGUGAAGCUUACCUUUACCUUUCUAAAGAAGUGGAACUGUUACAGGGGCAGGAAGGACAGAGAUUUACAUUGUUUAUAUUCUGUUGUCUAGUCACGCUUUACCAUACAGAGUUGUGCUACUGUAAAUUUUAGUUUCUCAGCAUUGCUAGCGUCCAGAUAUUCAGUAGAAAAUAAAAGGACAUGAUUUUCAUGGCUGGGCUUCGCGAAUGAAGAUUGGGGAAAGGUCUCUACCCACGUUUGUCACAGGUGCGCUGGUGGCUAAAAAGGCCAAUACGAGACAGGCAUGUCUGAUUGCAAAAGGCACAGCAGAAAGACUCCUUAGGUGGUAAAUUCUGCAAGGCACGAUUCUUUCUGCGUUGCCUUUUCUCCUCAAAGGUGAUCCUGCGUGUGUUCUCAAAGGCAUCAGCAGCGUUAUAGAUGGUGUGUCUCCAGGCCUCCCGGUUGGAGGCCAGAGUAGACCAGUUAUGUUGACCAGUAUGGCCAAGACUGAGAUGAACAAACUAACCAAAGCAGGCAUAGCACAUUAUAUGCCCUAUCAUGUGAUGAGAAUAGUACCUAGUAUAGGACAAGGGAAAGAUGAAAUCUGCUGGAGUGGACUGAGAAGGUGUAGGGCAGAUGAUAGUGCCUCACUCAAUGUUGCUGCUCCUGAUUUUCCUGGCACUCGUCCUUGGUUGUUGUUCACUGGUCUAAAUUCUUUGCAUGGAUUGUGCUGUGGCUUCUUUUUCUGAGUAAUCAGAACGUUUAAGCCUUUUCAUCUGCCUUAAAUAUCUCUGGGAUGGUAUUUUUUUAAAACUUUCUUACUUUUAUCAAUGUCUUACUACUGCUUGUCCUCAAAUAGCUCCUAUAAGAUAAUGUUUUGAGUAUAUUGUAAGAAGGUGAAGUCUUUUUGUUAGUAUUAUAUUAGCAGACUGUAUAUUAGCAUGCCACUAUUUCAGCUGGCAGAUGCUUUUCAUAACAAAAUUAUGGGCAACAUUGGAAAGAACAGGAGAUUUUGUCUCUCUCUUCUAAAAUCUAAAUAUUAUAUUUUUGUUGUUUAUUGAAAGUUUAGCUGUAAUUCUGAUCCCUUCCCAUCAUAUGGGCUAUAUGAAGGACCACAUGUUAAACUACAUCCUACAGUGCCAGUACCCUGCAGAACUGGAAGGAUCAAUUUAAAAUAUUUUAACUACUGUGGCCGUCUGAUCCAGAACUUGAUCAUUAUUUCAGUUUGGCUCAGAAGGUAAAUUUCAGAAAUUACCUUAGAAGGUAAUUCUCAGUAUAAUACAGGUAUUUCCAGGUUGGGCUCUUCAAAAAACUUUUCCAAAAAACAGCAUGAUGCAGCCAACACAGAACCAGCUAACGAUGGUAGUAGCAGUAUCGGAGCACCGUGUAAAGAGAGCGCAAUAUUGUGGCGGUGCUUCUGCUGCUUAGGGCAGCUGAAUGAAUACUUAGUGAAAAAAAUGUUUCACUUCUUUAGCAAUGGUUACAGACUUCAAAAUCUGUUCCCUCCACAGCUGGCAUCAGGUUAUAUUAUACACAUAAAAAUCAUCUCUGAAGGUAGUGAGGGAGGUUUUAGGUGGAGUUUGAGUGGGUUGCAUUAUACUGUAAAAUGGAACUGUUUUUUUUGUUUGGUUGGUUUGGUUUUUUUAAUUGAGUUCAGUUUUGGAGAAACCAGAUCUCAGAAUGAACUGUAAAGAGGGAUGGGAAAUAGAAAAAUGAGACCAUUAGAAAGUUUCAUACUUGAAUCUGUGUUACCAAGUCUGUGUUAGCUUCAUCCAAGUGUCAUUUUAAGCGUUACUUACAUUUCUAUGUGACUUCACCAUUUUGUUGGGAACAAUAAAAGUGAGGCACGCACCUGGCUCUGGAGAUCCUGAGGCAAAUGGCUGAACUCAUUUCUACAACAGCUCAGCUCAUCUUGACUCUUAACUGUUUGGCUGACAUGACUGCUAUCACAUGACUGACAGCUUUACAAGAGGCAACUCCACAUACACUUUUAUGAGCAAAUUAAAUACUUUUGUAGGUCCAAUUACGGAGUAAACAAAAUGGUUCUCAUGUUACUUUCAGACUUUCAACUUGUAUAUACACAAAAAAUUUGAAAUAAUCAGAAAAUACAUUAAGAGGAUUGUAUGUGCCAAUGGUUAAAUUAUUUAAAAAUAAACAGCAUCA